CCGCUCUGACUCAUGUUUUGACCAGGUAUGGACAACAGGCCUCAACCUCUCAUACAGCGACCAGCUCUCCAUGACGCAGCUCACCCUGUACCUGACAAACGGCCAUCUCAAUUGUCGUCUGAGCACCCUGGAAGUGCCCCGUUUUAAAGAAGACCCGGAAAGGGAAAGAAAGCGCCUCAGCAUCCAGGCAGAGCUGGCACCAGAAACCAGUCGCUAUGCAGUGAUGUCCACCCAGCUGAGGCAUGACAAUCUCUCACUAAUCUUCUAUUACGUUUUUCUCCAGAUGUGUAAGGCCCAUGGCAUUGGCUAUGACCUUGAGACUUGCACAACCACAUCAGAGAGCACUAGCCCUGGUUACCAGACUUAGAGUACCCUGGAGGCA